AAGAGGGUUCCUUCUUCUUCUUCUUCUUCAACCUCCGAGCGAGAGAGGUUAACGCGAUCGUGAUGACGGAGCCGCAGAGCGAAAAGCCGGAAGAAGGAGAGCGACUCGAAGAAUCGAUGGAAGAGAGUAAAGAGAAAUCGGCGGAGAUGAGCCGCAAGGAGAAACGAAAAGCGAUGAAGAAACUGAAGAGGAAGCAGGUGAGGAAGGAGAUAGCAUCGAAGGAGAGAGAAGAGGCGGAGGCUAAGUUAAACGAUCCGGCGGAGCAGGAGAAGCUGAAGGCGAUCGAGGAAGAGGAGGCGCGGAAAAGAGAGAAGGAGCUUAAAGAGUUCGAGGAGAGUGAGAGAGCUUGGAGAGAGGCUAUGGAGAUUAAGAGGAAGAAAGAGGAGGAGGAAGAGAGGCGUUGGAAGGAGUUAGAGGAGUCGAGAAAGCUUCUUGAGGCUAGUAAGGAUGAGGAUGAGGAUGAUGAUGAAUAUGAAUAUAUAGAAGAAGGGCCUCCAGAGAUUAUAUUCAAGGGUAAUGAGAUCAUUCUCAGGAAGAACAAAGUGAGGGUUCCAAAGAAAACAGUAGCUCAGGUGGAUGUAAAUGAGAUUGCUGACAGGCCUACAUCAAAUCCUCUACCUCCUGGAACAGAAGCUUUGUCAAAGUCUCAGAAUGUUAGUUCUGCUCAACAGAUUCUGGAUAGUGUUGCACAGGAAGUUCCCAACUUUGGUACUGAGCAGGAUAAAGCUCAUUGUCCUUUCCAUUUAAAGACUGGAGCUUGUCGAUUUGGCCCGCGUUGCAGCAGAGUUCAUUUCUACCCUGAUAAAUCGUGCACUAUACUUAUGAAGAACAUGUAUAAUGGUCCUGGCAUUGCUUGGGAACAGGAUGAGGGGCUUGAGUAUACAGAAGAGGAAGCUGAACAUUGUUACGAAGAAUUUUAUGAAGAUGUUCAUACGGAGUUCCUGAAGUUUGGAGAACUUAUCAAUUUCAAAGUAUGUAGAAAUGGCUCACUCCACUUGAAGGGCAAUGUGUAUGUACACUACAGAUCACUGGAAUCAGCUCUUCUUGCCUACCAGUCCAUUAAUGGUCGAUAUUUUGCCGGUAAACAGGUGAACUGCGAAUUUGUCAACAUCUCAAGAUGGAAAGUCGCCAUAUGCGGGGAGUACAUGAAGUCGAGGCUUAAAACUUGCUCUCGUGGAUCUGCGUGCAACUUUAUCCAUUGUUUCCGAAACCCUGGUGGAGACUAUGAAUGGGCUGACUAUGACAAACCACCUCCGAGAUUCUGGAUUCGCAAAAUGACCGCUUUAUUUGGUUAUUCAGAUGAAUACUUGAAGCACACGGAGCGUGAAUAUUCAGGGUCGUUAAGUGAUGUUAGAUCAGAUCAACCAACAGAUUCACAGAGGCAACCUUCAAGAAGAUCUAGAUCGAGGGAACAUGAUCAUGUGAGGCCUUCUUAUAGGAGCCGUACGAAUCACAGUGAUACACGGGAGAGUACUCGUGGACACAAACUUAGUAGGCACGAAGAGAGCUGUCAUGGUGGAGAUGGAAGUCCUAGAGGUACCAGAGACGGUAGUGUAGAGAGAGAGAUGAUGUAUAAAGAGCCACGGUAUGGUAAAGAGACAUCGCGUCACGAAAGCAAAUGGUCUGAACACUCUCCGGGACAUGGGGUGACGAGGAAAAGAAGAAUCCAUGGGAGGUAUUCCGAUGAUGAUGAUGAUGAUUCAGGAGAGCCUAGUCACAAACGGAAACGCUCAAGGCGUUAUGGCAGAAGAGGCUCAGAUUCAGAAGUUCAAGGAGAGGUGGACGAUGAAGAGGACGCUAGAACCCAUCGGUCUAGUUCCGACAGGAGGUCAAGAAAAGAAGGAUCAUCAGCUGCUGAUCAGAAGGAGAAUCAUGGAGAUGAUAGGGUUCAUGCAGUUGGCGAGAAGUCGCAGAGGGAAAGAAGCAGCUCAAGAUAUUCGCACGAGGGAGACUCGAGUGAAAGUAGACAUCGUCCGCAUAAAGAUAGGGACAUAAACAAGCAUAGACGUAGAUACAAGACGGGUGAUCCUGAUUCUUCUGAUCGAAGCAUGAAAGGAAAACAAGGCCGAGAAUCACAAGAAGUCGAGAGAAAUGGAAAGAGAGAGAAUGUAAGUGGCUCAUCAAGUGAUGAUGAGGAGAGAGAGGAAAGACACAGAGAGAGAUCUGGUAGUAGGCAUAGGAAACGAAGAAGGUCACACGAGCAGACUCCUCCUAAGGGACCAGAGGAGGAGAUUGAGCGUUGGAGACCAAUAUGAUCAUCGUUCAUCAUCAUCUCUUCAUUUUAUCUCCUCUUGUAAAACUUUAGUUUCAUCACAUGUUUUGAGUUUUUCUUUUGGCGAAAGUUAAAUUAAAAGUUUUUUUUUGUGUUAAAAAUAAAUAAUUUUAACGAUAAACAAA